AAAUAACCAGAGGCUUGUGACAAUCUGAGUAGCAUUUAUCCAAGAAAAAUGACUUAAACAUGGUAAGAACAGCAAGCUUUAUAAUAGCUUUAACAGUUUUCUAUCUCCUGUCAGCUUCACAGUAGCCUUGAAAAUGAAUAGCCUCAAGGAAAACCUGCAGUUCUAGCAGGCACUGAAGAGAAUGGAUUUGGAGCUCCCUAAAAUCCCCAGCCCCCAAGAAUUGUUACAAUUAGCUUGUCUGGCACUUCCCUGGAAACUCCCACUCACUGGGCUUGCCUGGUUUUCACCUGACUCAGCUAAUUCAUUGGGAACAGCUUCUCCCGACGCACCCCAGAGCACGCUGCAACAGGCACAUGAAGCCCUUUGGCAAAGGCUGGCAAACUUGCUGGUGGAAAGCAUCGAAGGACGUCCCUGUCCAAUGGUUAGGAAGUUAUUUUAGGUUAUAUGAAAGAGGUGCUUCCUCAUCUCUAAGACUUAGCAGAAACUCCGACUUGAAGAGAAUAAAUGGAUAUUGUGCCAAACCACAAGAAAGUCCAAAAGCUCCACCCUACACUUACAGCCACAGAGUGCCAUUACACAAACCUACACACUGGGAGAGGAAGAUCCUGGUAUGGUCAGGUCGCUUCAAAAAGGAAGAUGAAAUCCCAGAGACUGUCUCGUUUGAGAUGCUUGAUGCUGCAAAGAACAAGAUCCGGGUGAAGGUCAGCUACGCGAUGAUUGCCCUGACAGUGGCAGGAUGCAUCUGGAUGGUUAUUGAGGGCAAGAAGGCUGUCAAAAGAAACGAGUCUUUAACAAAGCUGAACUUAGAAAAAAAAGCUCGCCUGAGAGAAGCAGCAGCUCUGAAAGCCAAAACAGAGUAGCAGAGGUAUCCGUGUUGGCUGGAUUUUGAAAUUGCAGGAAUAAUGUUGCAGCAAUUAGCCUGUAUUAAAAAGAAUACAGUAUGAGGAUCCAUUUCAUGAAAGUGUGGUUUGCACAGACUUAUAAUUUCCCCCAUUUCUGAUAUAGUGGGACAAAUAAAUUUCCUUAAACGGCUUGUCUAUAUUUUGUGGCUUGGAUCCAGGUUAAAUGCAGCCUUUCAGCUUUUUGGAGAAAAUGAAUGAAAAAUGGGGCAACUUAUUUAAACUUUAAUAUUAACUCUUCUUUAGAGAGCCAGAAACCAUAUCUUAUUUUAAUUUCCAUUACCAAAGUGAUUUUCUCUGCAGAAGCCAAAAUGGCUUCUAGUUCUUUAUUUCUCUCUCUUGUGUACUCAUUUCUAGAGAGAUAAGGAAGACCAGCUGAGUACACUGCCCAGGUGCAUCUUGGAGAGCUAACCUCCCCAAAUGCAGUGGUGCUUCUUGAGAGCCCUGCGAAGCAGCCCGAUCAAACUCUGCCAUCUUUGGGCAUGCUGGCAGACAGAGGCUUCUCAGAGAGCAGUCUUGGAAAAGGUCCCUGUAAGGUGAUGAGAGUGGUCUGGCCACAAGUUUCUGAGAACUCUGAAAUCCCAGCACCAUGAAGUUGCUUGGGGCCAGUAGUCACCUCUUCUACUCCAUAGCUUAGAAUUCCCAAUUGGUCCUUUUCCUUUUACCUUUACCCUAAAUUUCUCAAUUAUGAAAAUCUUUCAAAUGCAUUUUCUUGUAAGUUUUGAAAGAUAAGCUUUUGCACAUGGUUAUGUAUUUCAUUUACACUUCGGGAUGUCAAGCCGCCUCAUAUUUAGGUAUGGAUGCUGGUUUCUAUUUUAAGUGUUUCAUAUAUUCUCACAUGCCUCAUAUUAAUGGAUGACAUGGACGACAAGUCCUCGUAGCCAUCCCAACCUGCUAGUUUUCUCCAGAGGAUUAUAACAGAUAGUAAUAUAUGCAGCUGCACUGGAACUUGAUUUAAUAAACUAAGUAAAAUGGAAUGCACCACAUAUAAUUUCAUAAUCUGGUGUUAAUGAUGUCUGUGAAUAUACUUUUAGAGUAAUUUGACCUUAGCUUUUUAGAUACCGAGUUCUUUGAUUUUAAUGUACUUCUUUAAAAAAUAAGUAAUUUUUCUUCAUAGAACACUAUCAUUUUUAACUUCUAAAUGAGUAUUUUAAAGUGUUAUCUUGGAGAUUUAUUGUAAAAAAAAAUGUUUCAUUAAACCAAAACUCACAAAUGUUA